UGGUUGUAACUUUGAUAGUUGGUGGUAAUUACAAAAAUGCCACCUUGUCUUUUUGGGUUUUCCUUCAAUUUGUAUGUUUAGUAUGUUAAGAUUAUUUGUAUUUGAUCUUUUGCCUAAGUAUAUAUAAUAUGAUCAGUUAAACUAUUCAUGAAGAUCUCUAUCUUACGUCAUCAAACAACUACUACACAUACAAAAUUAUGCCACGCUAUUAGGGUAUCCGGGGUGUAAUUCGGUGACCCCUUCGGUGAGGUCACUUGCCGAGCGGGGAUGCACCGCCAACAUAUCGGUGACCAAGAGAGAGGGGGUGAAACCGGUGGUGAUUCACCGAAGAGAGAGGGAGGAGAGAGGGAGGCGGCGUCCAAUCAAAUCUUUUCUUCUUCUUUUUUUUUUAAUAAAAACCAAGUCACCUAUGAGGGGAGUGCCGCCAUCAAUUUAGGGUGUUAGGGGAGUUUAAGAGGGGAGUUGACGUGGCACACGAGGAUUGGUUGGGCGUAAGAGAGGGGACUCACCUCUUAGGUGAGCACCCCUUACACCCUUAAUUUCAGAAAGACGUGGAACAUCGAUAUCAACUUUUAACUUUUUUAGAUUUAAAUGUUUUUUUUUUCUAAUAGUAUCAACCUUAGGCUACACGGUAUGGGGGUCGGCCCCGGCCCGUCGCGGGUCGGCGACGGUUCAAAUACCGUGCCGCCCCUACCGUCCCCGUCCUAAUCGUCCAAAACUAGACGUUGGCGACGAUGCAAUUCAUGUGGGUCCCCCACCUUUUGACCGUUUGAAAUAAAAAAAAAAAUUUCUAACGGCUAUAAUUUAAAAAAACACCCAUUUCACUUCCAUUUUUAUAAAUACUCACAUCUUUAACCCCUAUUUUCAUAACUUUUCACCCAUUACCACCCCAUCUCUCUCACAUUUUAUAAACCACUCUUCCCUUUUUAUAAAAAAUCAUCAUAUUUUGUACCAUUUUUUACCCGAUACCACCCCAUCUCUCGCUAAAAAAUUAUCAUGGCUUCACCCGUUUCUUCCAUUUCUUCAAUUUCUUCUAUGUCUUCAUCGUCUUCGUCCGAGUGGUAUUCAUCAUCUUCGGAAGAGGAUGUUAUUAUGCACAACAUGAUAAUGAACGCGGCUCAGGUGUUCAUGGCGGCCGCUGAAGGGUCGUCCCAACCGCUAACCAGACGAGCAAAAUAUAACCGAGACCAAGAAGCCGGCCACGAUAAACUAGUAGCCGAUUAUUUUGCCGACGAACCCGUGUACCCAGCCGAGAUUUUUCGACGUCGUUUCCGCAUGAGUCGUCAACUGUUCUUACGUAUUGCAGGCGACAUGGCCCAGUCUGAUCCGUUUUUUACAUUGCGAAACGAUGCUAGGGGGCAAAGGGGUUUCAGUAAUUUACAAAAAUGUACGUCGGCCAUUCGCCAACUUGCGUACGGUUACGCACCAGAUGCAUUAGACGAGUACAUUAGGAUGUCUGAAAGAACCGCACGUCGAUGUUUGUACAAGUUUUGCCAAUGGGUUGUCAAAUUGUAUAGCAAGCGAUACCUGCGGAAACCGAACGCAAACGACGUUCAAAAAUUAUAUCAAGCCCACGAACAGAGACAUGGUUUCCCAGGAAUGCUCGGGAGCAUUGAUUGCAUGCACUGGCAGUGGCAGAACUGCCCGGUUGCAUGGCAAGGUCAGUAUACUAGGGGAGAUCAGGGACAUCCGACUAUCAUUCUAGAGGCUGUUGCGUCACAGGAUCUCUGGAUAUGGCAUGCUUUUUUUGGUCUAUCUGGUUCACUCAACGACCUCAACAUCAUAUACCAGUCACAGAUUUUUGAUGAUGUAGUGGCGGGUACAGGUCCAGACACAAGCUUUACGGUUUCAGGGGUGGAGUACAGGCGAGGUUACUACCUAGCCGAUGGGAUAUACCCAACGUACUCGACAAUUGUUAAAACUGUCCCGCACCCGACCGACGACAAAAGGAAAAAGUUUGCAAAGUUUCAAGAGGGCGCAAGAAAAGAUAUUGAACAUGCUUUUGGUGUUCUACAAAAAAAAUGGCACAUCAUUUCAAUUCCAGCACGUUCGCAAACACCAAGGAGGUUACGACACAUUAUGUACGCUUGUAUCAUCCUUCAUAACAUGAUCAUUGAAGACGAAGGUAGAGCGAUAUGCGAUUACGACGAAAACGCGUCUGCUGGAAAUUCUGUUCCAGUUAGUGAGGAACAACAAGAUUUGAACGCCUUCGCUCUACGUAACGAGUACACACAUCACAACCUACAAGCGGACUUGGUGGAGUACAUUUGGAACAACGCUCAAAACGAACCCGCCCACCACAUGGAAGACGAAGACUAGUAGCUUAUUUUAAUAUGUUAGGAUAUUUUUAAGUUUUUUUUUUAACUUUAGGUUUUUAAGUUUAUGUUUUUUUUAGUUUAUUUUUUUUUUAAGUUUAUGUAAUGUUUUUUAAUAUUAAUAGAAAUAUUUUGUUACUUUAUUUGUUAAAUGUUUAAAAAAGGUUGAAGAUUAAAAAAAAUAAAAAAAAUAUAAAAGUGGUGGAGGAUGAUGACUAGGACCAUCCUCCCAUGCCCCCUAGUUUUGGAGGAUGAUCCAUCCUUGGGAGGACUAUGAUGUGUCGCCUACGUGGCGGAUCAUCCUCCAAGGAUGGUCCAUCACCAUACCAUGUAGUCUUAGCCCUUGUGUGGGGCGCCAUCUCACCUCAUAAAGCCCCAUAAGGCCCUUGAACACCAUUACGAGGGGCUUUAUGAGGGCGCUAUAAAUGAAAAUGGGGGAAUGGCGCGAUAAUUUUCACGGCGUUUUGAUUGUUUGCAUUUUCCACUUUGGUCCCUCAUUUUACACUUUGGUCCCUGCAUUAAAACACUUUGGUCCCUGCAUUUUACACUUUGGUCCCUGCAUUUUACACUUUGGUUAUGAUGAGGUAG